AUGCCCGAGCGUGUUGGACGCAAAGAAAAGAGGUGGAAUGAAGGCACUUCAUGGGCGGGCGCGUGUCAGGCUAACCUCGAGCAGCUGUCACGGCGGACCGGCGGCAAGAGUGCAGCCUGCAUCCUCACCGCCAAAUCCAAGAGAGAAGCAGAGCAACAACGUGCGCGUUCCAACUCAGCUGUCGGCAGCCUGGCUCGACAUUUCGCUUUCGUCCGAAAAUCCGCAGAGCCCUCCACCUCGACCCUGAAGCACGGAUCGCAGCAUUCCUUGCAAGGCUCAGUCAGGAGGACCCUUUCCAUCCACCACAACCUCAUCUUCCACCUCGACCAUCCCUUUACCUCCAUCUCGACACCCUCACCACCCCCUCCGUAUCUACAACUCAACAUGGCGUGGAACGACGAUCUGCUGCUCAAGGUGGCCAACAUCGCGUCGUACGCGCUCUUCACCUCGGGCAACGUGUACGCGCAGCUGCAGGGCACGGUGGUUAGCGAGACCUACCUCACCCCCUCGCGAUGGAUCUUUGGCGUAUGGCCGUUUAUCCACUUCCUCUUCCUCGGCAUGAUCAUCUAUCAGUUCACCGAGGCUGGGUCGGCACACGUCGUUCGUGGGAUUGGAUGGCGUUUCCCCCUGCUGUGCAUCCUCAACGCCGCCUACUCGGGUCUUUCGUCGGCUCAGCUCAACGCCCACCAUGACCGCGUAUACGCCAUCGUCGCGUUCGUGGUGAUGCUCCUCAUCGCCGCUACCGUCAGCCACUGCUACCGUAGCCUCAAGGUCCACCACACUGCAAGCAACCUCGCCGACACCGCGGUGGUGCAUCUGCCCUUCAGCCUCUACCACGGCUUUGUCGUCGUUCUCCUCUUCGUGUCCGGUUUCGAGGCGUUUGGCGUGAAUGCAACCACCCACAAGGCCGGCAUCAUCACCAAGAUCGUCGUAUUCCUCUCGUUGCUCUUCCUCGAAUCGACCGCAGCGGGUUACGUGUGGUACUCGGAGGGCGACGUGGCCGGUGCGGCUGUCAUCAGCCUCUCGCUCCUCGCCAUCUUCCAGCACCAAACCUCGUCCAAGUUCAUCCACUGGUCCGCCCUCGCCUUCUUCAUCAUCAGCCUCGUCGCCGUGCUGCGCGCCGUCAUCGCCAUCUUCACCAACCGCAACACCACCGCCAUCUCCGACGAGGAACGUGCCCCCCUCGUCGGCUAA